AUGAUUUUCAGCAUUAAUGGUUUUGACUUAUUAAUAGCUCUUGGAUAUUACUUCCAGGCAAAAGGAACAUCAGCGUCAGCAGCGAAUUUACUGUUCUUCCUCUUUCUGCUCGACUUUGUUGCAAAACUGCUCACAACCAGCUGGAUUCCCAGAAGCCUCCCAUGCGAUGUGAGUGUACAGAACAAUGGCUCCUCUAUCAAAUUAGACUGUGGAUACCAUCGCCUUCACAGCAUCCCAGUAAAUAUUCCUUCGAAUACAACCAGCUUAAAUCUAGCAAAUAAUCAGAUCACAAACAUUUCCAAUUACUCCUUCUCCAAGUUACAAAACCUAAUCAAAGUAGAUUUGAGUUGGAAUGUUUUGCCUGGGAAGAACAUGAUUAUUGCAGAAGACAGCUUCUCCUCCCUGAUAAAACUACAAGAAUUAUACCUGAAUGAAAACCAUCUCUGCCAAAUUCCUAAGAAGCUGCCAUUGAGUUUGCAGUUGCUCAGCUUUAAUGGUAAUAAGAUUCUUAAUAUAACAAAAGAGAAUCUACCAAACCUGUCAAACUUAGAAACACUUCUCUUGUCACAAAACUGUUACCAUCAGAACCCCUGCAACGUGUCCAACCAUAUAAAUGAUGGGGCAUUUUCAAGUGGCAGAAAACUGAAGAUUCUCACACUUGGUUCAAAUAAUUUAACUUCUGUUCCUCGAAAUCUGCCGGAAUCUUUAAGUUCAUUAUGUCUCAUUGGAAAUAGAAUUCAAACUAUUAACCAAGACGAUUUUCAUCAUCUGAUUGAUUUGGAAUUCCUUGACCUAACUGGAAACUGCCCCAGAUGUUUCAAUGCUCCUUACCCAUGUGAACCCUGCCCUGGAGACAGCUCCAUUCACAUACAUCCUUACGCUUUCCAAAAGCUUGCAAAAUUACAGGUAUUAAAUCUUUCCCGCAACAGCCUCCAUAAAAUACAAAGCAGCUGGUUUCAGAACUGUACCAGCUUGAAGGUUCUGCAACUUGAGCUUAAUUUCUUGACUGAUGAAAUUGCUACUGGAGACUUUUUAAACUACUUACCCAGGCUAGAAGAACUUGACUUGUCGUUCAACUAUAAGAUAACAGCUUAUUCAAAAGAGAUCAACCUUUCAAGAAACUUUUCCAAAUUAGUCUCCUUGAGAAAAUUACGUAUCGAAGGUUAUGUUUUCAAGGAACUCAAUUCACAAGAUCUAAAGCCAUUGUACAGACUUUGCAAUCUUACUAUUCUCAACCUCGCUACAAACUUCAUUAAACAAGUAAACUUAACGAUCUUUAAACAAAUUACUUCGCUAAAGUUAAUAAAUCUAUCAGAGAAUAGGAUAUCACCUCCAUCAGAUUCAUAUUUCCUAUCCGGAAAUAGCAAUCUGGCAUAUGAAUCCCUUAAUGAUGAUGGUGACGCUAUCCUAGGACAAAAUGUGGACUUGUCUUGUCGUUCUUAUGGUAAGACAUUGGAUUUGAGUUUGAACAAUAUUUUCUUCAUCAGCCCAAAGCAGUUUAAAGACAUUGAGGACAUCAAGUGCCUGAAUUUGUCAUCAAAUGCCAUUGGGCAAGCUUUAAAUGGUACUGAGUUUGCAUCUUUGCCCAAUUUGAAAUAUUUAGAUCUUUCUUUUAAUCAACUCGAUCCAGCUUAUGAUAAUGCUUUUAAAGAACUGUGGCAACUCGAAGUGUUGGAUUUAAGUUACAACCAGCACUAUUUUAUUGUUGAGGGUGUCACACAUAAAAUGGGUUUUAUUGAAAACCUUAAGUAUUUAAAAGUGUUAAACUUAAGCUACAAUGGCAUCUUCACAUUGACAGAGUCAGGAUUGAACAGUGACUCCCUGAAAGUUUUGAAAUUCCAAGGAAAUCGCCUGGAUUUUUUAUGGAAUAGGAAGGAUUGUAGAUAUAUAAGCUUGUUUAAAAAUCUAACUAAUUUAACAUAUCUGGAUUUAUCUUACAAUAAACUUCGACAUAUUCCACAUGAUAUUUAUGAAAAUUUACCAUCUAAUUUGUCAUAUUUGUCUUUGAGCAAUAACUAUUUAAACAUGGUUGAUUGGGAUAAACUACAGUUAUUGAAGAAUCUACUAACCUUAGAUCUGAGUUACAAUAAAUUAACCAUUGCCCCUGAUAGACUAUAUAAUAGCACCAAGUCCCUCCAAAAACUUUUAUUGAGAAGAAAUAGCAUUUCUCAAAUUCCUAUAAGCUUCUUCACAUCAGCAAACAGAAUAAAAUAUCUUGAUUUAAGCUAUAACAAAAUUACGACAUUAAACCAGACAGUUUUUCCAGCAAGUGAAUCACUUUCCCUAGAAGUACUAGUUUUAAAAGGGAAUCCUUUUUAUUGCACUUGUGAACUUGGACCAUUUAUUGCAUGGAUUAAUACUUGUGACCUGGACAUUCCUCAAUUGGCUACCGACGUUACCUGUGAAUCACCUGAAGAUCAUCGAGGACAGAGCAUUAUUCUCCUUGACCAGCACACAUGUACAAUGGAUGACAUUGCAGCUUCAUUAAGUUUGACUUCUGCCAUCAUCAUUUUUUGCACUAUUUUUAUAGCAAUGGCCCAUCAUUUGUUUUACUGGGAUGUGUGGUUCUUAUACAGGUUUUGCAUUUCUAGGUUGAAAGGAUAUCAGUAUCACACUCUUAAAGUGCAGAGCUCUUCCUAUGAUGCAUUUAUUGCUUAUGACACUUCAAAUCUGGCUGUAACAGACUGGGUUGUCAAUGAACUAUUAGCUCAUUUGGAAGAUAAAGGUGAAAGGCAAUUUUGCCUCUGUUUGGAAGAGAGAGACUGGGAGUUAGGAAUGGCUGUUGUCGACAAUCUUUCUCAAAGUAUACAUAAGAGCAAAAAGACUGUGUUUGUGCUUACAAGGAGUUAUGUCAAGAGAGGAACUUUCAAAACAGCCUUUCAUAUGGCUCACCAAAGACUCCUGGAUGAAAAUGAAGAUGUAAUUGUGCUGAUCCUGUUGGAGCCUGUUUUAAUAAACUCAAAGUAUCUGAAAUUAAGGAAGAGGUUAUGUAGCAGCUCUGUAUUACAUUGGCCUAAAAACCCAAAUUCUGAAGGUUUCUUCUGGCAAUGCUUAAGAAAUACAAUAGCCACGAACAAUCAAUCAAGAUACAACACAGUUGUGGAGUUCACUUAAUUCUAAUUGAACCGCUUUUCACUUUUAUCCACAUAAUGUACAAUCUCUAAUCAGGCAGGCUGUAAACUCCAAUUUAUUUGCUUAGUUAUCCAUCCUCAGGUCUGGCUUGGCCAUCCAAAGCUCAACCAUAGUUUCUUUCCAAAACCACCUUAGCACUAAGGUCAACCUGGAGAGCAAGACCGAGUCUCAAUUUCUCAUCUCUGAUCUUGAUAAUAAGCUGUCAAAUUGUUUUCUCUGGCUAUCUCCUUCAGUUCUGCCUUCACCACUGUGAGGGCCUCGUGAAUUUCUUUCUGCAUGUUCAAAAUUAGGACAUUCCUCUCUCAGCUCUGCCCAAAUCACUUCUCCACUUGAUGACUCACUACUGCUUAUUGCACAGUUUCACUCCCAGCUGCCCUCCCACCACCUCAAAACUUAUUUUGUCCUUUAAACCUACCACCUAACCCCUCAAUGUCGCCCAUUGAAAUUCUUGAACAAUAAAAACUUCUCCUUUUCAGUACCAUGAUUGUAACACCAGCGACCUGAUUCUUUUGUCCAGCUUCAUCCUCAUAUCCUUCAAAAUGGCAGCCAUGACCUUCCCUCUUCAAAUCACACUGCAACCUUUCCAAUCUUCCCUUUCUUUCUAAAGUCCUGAAGUCUUUCUAAAGCACUGUCAUUUUACAAUUGCAAUCUCACCUCUCCUACUAAACCCCAUUAUAUGCCCACCAAACAGGCUUCUGCCUUACUCACAGCACUGAGACAGCACGGGCCGAAGUCAGCAAUGAACUCUUGUGUGACGACAAUUCCUGUCUCUUCUUACCUUGCUUAAUCUCCCUACGCCAUCCAUUCCACCUUCAUCAAACUCCCCUCCACUUCUCUUCUAGUUCAAUUUGUGCUUGUUGCCUCAUUGACACUAUUUCAUCUCAGGCGGCUUCUUCUCACAUGCCCAUGUUGUCAUCUGUGACAUCCUUGUUACCCUCCUCGUUAUUAUCUACAUGCAAAUUCUUAAAGACAUCAUUUGGAAGAACGGAAUCAGUUCCCACAUGUCUGCCAGUGAUGCUUGUUGUUCCCCAUCUACCCUUUCCAUCAACCCAUCAAUGGCAUUUUUCCAUUUAACUACUUAUCCUGCAUAAAAUUCUAGGUGAGCCAUAUUUUCCACCAGUUUAAAGUCAGCUAAAGUGAUCAUAACGUGAUCAUGUUUGGCAU